CUACCCGUAGUGUUGUGCUGUUACCGAAUCGGAUGAAUGCAGCUAUGGGGUUGAUUCCAAGGUCGCUGUCUGUUUUUGGGUGUCCUGUGUGCUUUAGUUGAUCAGUGUUACAGUCUUCGUUAAAACUGUAAAUUGGAAAAUGCCAUUGCGUAGGAGGGUUCUUCAACUUUUCAAGACACUGCAUAGAACAAGACAGGAAGUUUUUAGAGAUGAUGGUGAAGCUCUAGAAGCUGCAAGACAGAAGAUAAAUGAAGAGUUCAAGAAACACAGAGCAGAAAUCUCUUCAGAGAGAGUACAUGAGCUGAUGAAACAUGGAGCCGAUGUGGAAGUUUUUCUCAGGACAUCAGUUGUACAGGCAGUGCACACUGACAACAACAGACUCUUGCUUCGACCCAGGCCUUCUGUUUUUCAAGAAAAUGUUCCAUACUGUGAUACUCCACCACAAAAGACAUAAUCAUAGACAGUGCGCUGGGUGACAGAAUAAUAAUGCAAGACAGGAUGGAAUAAAGAAUCUGUGGACAAAAUGCAGCAUUGAAGAAUAAUUUUUCAAAAACUUUUCAAGCAUACAUCUUAGCAUCUAAGCACAACAAUUCUGGGCAAAGCCAAAAAUAAUGGGGGAUAAAGGUCAAAAUCAGUGACAGAUUUUAGAUUGUGCUAUUAUUUGCUCUUACACACUUCGAAAUGUUUUGCAUUCGCAUGCAUUUUCUGGGGAGUAUAAAGCCUGAAACUCG